AGCAGACUGAAGCGGCCCGACCUCUCGUGGAAUGGACUAUAUAAAAAUCUUUAGACAGAUAGAUUUAUGUUCCAUGAUAAUAAAUUUGUUUCUUCUAUGGAUAUCGUAAACUAUUUACUGUCUUCUAAUGACUACAGCCAUCGGACUUCUCUUAUUACGCGCAGUCCAUAUCUUUAUAGGUGUAUUGGGUCGGACCCAAUCUUGUUCUAUAAUAAGACAACUACCGUAAUAUUUCGAUAUUGAUAAGUGGCAUGUGCUGAUAAGAGACGGUCGUUAUAUUGAACCUAUGCAUAUAAAUUAUGCGUUAAUAAGUAUCAUUUAUUGUAUUAAUAUUUUAAAAAAAAACUAAACAAAAUAUGUCAUUUACCUAUAUAAAUGUGGGAACUUUUACGAUAAAUUUAACCUUUUCUGUGAUUUAGUUCAUACUGUGUUUGUUUAUAGGUACUUUACGUUUUAAGAAUUCAGUUGGUAAGUUAUAAUUAAGCUUAAUGAUAUCUAGCUUUAAAGUACAUGCAAAUAUGUUUUAAAAAUAAUUGAAAAUGGCUAAAAUAUGCUUUAAAAUUUAUUUAUUUUAUUGAAAUUGUUUUGUUUCUACAUAUUUAAAUUAAUUAUUUAUAUAUAAGUAUAGCUAUUUUUUUGAGAUGUUCUUAAGUUCCGAUUGAUUAAAUUUAUUGCUUGUGGACCUUAAAUACAAAACAAGCUUUACAUAAUUAAUACACAUGUAUUAAGAAAUAUAACACUUAUGACCUUUAAUAGAAUAAUAGCAUUUAAAAGCUACAUACUACUAAAAUAUCCUGUUAAAAUCAAAAUAAUUCUACAAUAUGCUCUAAUAAGAUAAUAAUGUUAAGUAUAUAAAAUCAAAUUUAAGAUUUAUUUACAUCAUGGACAGUAUUAAUAUUUGAUUCUGCUAUAUGUUUAAUCUUUCUAACGAAUAAGCAUAAGCUAGAAGUCACUUUCCCUAGAAAUAACCAAAUAAUAUUAAUUUUGGCUAGUUGAAUGUUAUUAUUGUUUUACUGUUUAAUGUAGGUGAUUACGCAGCAUUAUUCAAUAAAAGAAUAAUAAUAUUGGCACAAGAAAUCUCUCAAGGUAAAUCAAAUAUGAUCAAAAACAAAGUGAUUAUCAGAUUGUUUGAAAAAGCGGGCGAUAUUGGUCCACAACCAAACCUAAUCAAAAUUAUUAAAACCAAAUUUAAUGCAAUGGAUUUUAACGAAUUUAAAACUUUGUUUAUGGAAGCAAUGUUCUCAGUGUUUGUUUCUGUUACACCUAUGCAUUGUUCUGUCGUCAACAACAUGAUCAAGUUUGCCGCUCAUAGUUUAUCCGUACUAACCCAAUUCAACUCCAAGGACGGCUGUAGUGGUAUGUAUUUGUUAACAGAUUUUUUUCGAAAAUGCUUACAACGAAUACAAUCAAAAAGUAAAAUAAUUAGAUGGCGUUUUUGUCUGUUUCUAAAUCAUUUGUUGAAUUCCAUGUCCAGUGAAACAGUAUUGUCUGUCGAAUUAUGUGAUGUCGCAAUAACAAUUUUAUUGGGUCGAUUAAAAGAUAUAAAUGCAGAAGUUCGAGUACAAGCUGUACAUGCUUUACAUCGGUUGCAAUUACCCGACAAUCCCAAGUGUAAAAUAGUUAAAAAAUUUAUGUUUCAUAUGACUUCUGAUCCAUGUGUUGAAGUCCGAGCAUCUAUUGUCAAAGAAAUUGCUAUGUUCAAAAUUGUUGUUGAAGAAAUUUUAAAAUAUACUUUGAAUGAUGUUAAUGAAAGUGUCCGGAAAGAAGCUCACAAUCGUUUCUUAGACUAUCCAUUUGAUCAACUAUCUCCCAAGCAAAGACAAGAGAUAGUAGUAUAUGGAUUGAAAGACCCUAGUACAAAUAUUAAUUCAUUUAUAAAAAAACAGUUAUUGGUAAAAUGGUUGGAGAACUGUAAUAAUGAUUUUGAAACACUUUUAAAGCACAUGGAUUUAGAAAAUGUAUCUGUGUGUGAACAAAUUGUAAAUAUACUAUUUGAGUCCAUUUAUGAUAGUCAAGUAUUGGAAUUGACUAAUAAGUUUUUGAAUUCUGAAUCUCGGCUUAUUGAUUUCAAUCAGUUAACUGUGGAAAAAAUUUUCCUAUGGAAAUGUAUAGGUAAAUAUCUAACUUUUGAAAAAAAAAUUCAAUUAGCCAACACUGAAGGACAAGCUAGUGACGACUAUAUUGAAGUUUUAUUACCUGAUUUAGUUAAGUUUUCUGAUUAUAUACGCGAAUAUUUUUUUAAUUACAAUGCUAUUGAGGAUAAAGAAUUUAUAUUGUUACAAUUGUUGGACUUUGUUAGUAUAUUUGUUAUGGAUGAUGUUGGUGCAGCUAGUUUAAAUAAACUGUGUUACAAUUUAAUAUUAUACAGCGAGACAUCAAUGAAAAUAAUACAACCUAUAACUAUGUUACUAAAUUUAACUAUUAAAAGUGGACCAGAUAUUUUGAAUUACAGUAAAAACAUCCUAAAUGAAAUUCAAACACAGACAGUUAAUGUACUACCUUUAAUUGAUAAAGUGGGUACAAAAAUGUUCUUGGAAAAUCAAAUAAAAGUAAAAACCAUGCAGAUUAAGGAUAUUUUAGAAACUGAAUCUGAUUCAGAGGAAUUAAGGAUGUUAAUUAUAGAACUGAAUAAAAUGAAAAAAGAACUUGACAUUAUAAAUAAUAUGUUGACAGAUGAUGACAAAAUACUAGUAGAAGAGGCUGUCAACAUUUUACUUAAAGGCUUUGAACUAGUCUUUCAAGUACAACAAUUAAUUAAAGUUUCUAAUGAACGGUCUCUAGUAACAGAUAUUAUUCAGAAUAUUGUAAUUGACUAUUUAGAGUGUUCAUUAGUCACUAUACGGAUGGAUGCACUCCACUGUAUUGCUCCAUACCUUUUGGUCAAUAAUUUAGAUACAGCUAAAGUUCACAUAUUCACUCUAUUUCGUGAAAUAUCAAGACCUAUGACCAAUAAGCAUUUGUUGCUUCAAAUAUUGUUUGAGUUGCUUUUGACUUAUGGUCUCAAAAGUUUUGACAUUAGUGAUGAUAUAGACGCAGACCAUGAUUACGACGAUGACUUCACAGUUGAAAAUAUUUUACCAUUACUAGCAGACUCUGUUGAUUAUGAAGUUAAUGAUCGUAGUUUUAAGUCAGUAAUAGUUGAAGGUUUUUGCAACUUGAUUGUUUUCAAAAAAGUCGAGUCCAUAAAUGUUAUAUCAAAGUUUUUAAUAAUAUGGUUCAAACGUUUAACACAUGAAACAUUUAAUGUCUACCACAUUCUUAUGAAAUGUUUUACAACUUAUAUGUUUAACAUUCAUUCAAGUAGUAGUACAAUAGCAAAGUGCUAUGUUCCAAUAUUCAAACAAAUUGAGGAACAUAAAUUAAUCGAAAAGUUAGGUAUUGAUUUAGACGAGAUGAAUACAACUUUAAUAAACCUCUGUCAAGGAAUCAUAUUCAAAGAUGAAAAAAUGGCUAAUAAUGCGCAUGGUGAAUUGGCUGGUUAUAUAUUGGAUUACUUAUUGGAUGAAGACCAGCCAUAUACAACAAUAUUAGUAAAUACACUGCAUAAAUUACAAAUAGAUUUUGAAUGUGAAAAUGAACUGCUUAAAAAAACACUUAUUCCUAAAUUGAAGCGUGUGAUUAAACAUAUGAAAAGUGACAAAAACCGUAUAAAAUAUUUGAAAAAGAUUAAGCAAAAAUUUGAUUCAAUUCUACAGAAAGAAUCACAUAUAAGGAAACGUAAUGACAGUGAAGUAAAUCCUAAGGAAACUCAUGUUGAGCAACCAAAACCAACACUAUUCAACUGUACUGAUGAACCAAGUUCUUCUGCAAUUCAUGGAGAUUUGUUUUCUCAAGAACAUUUGGAGCAUACAUCCCUGGGUAGCGAUAAUGAUGAAGAAAGUGGAGAUCAAUGUAGAAAUCUGUCCGCAAUGAAACGUAUGUCAGAAGUUUACAAGAGAAGUUUUAAUACGAAACAUGAUCAAUCAUCAUCUGAAAGUGAAUGAUUGUUUGUUUAUUUAAAUUUUAAAUCAUAUUAUUUUAAUAUAAUAUCCUGUUUAUUAUACAGUGGUUUUUGUUUCCAUGUAACAUUGAAUAUACUAACUAAAGCUACAAAAAUUAUAUUUUUAAUACUAUUUUAUUAUAAUAUUUAUUUUUUAUCAAUGGUACUAUUUUGAAAAAAUGCAGUAGGAACAUGGAUAAUAGAUAUAUUCAUAUUAUUGAAACAAAAUGCCUUGGCACAGUAAUAUUUAUACUAAAUAUAGUAACCAAUCUCAUGUAUAAAAUCAAUUGUAUAAUAAAAUAUGUCACAUUGGUCUAUGAGUGUUCCUAAUAAUCAGCUUUUACUGUAAAUAAAUAAAACUGAUAAAAUUAAAGUUGUAAUUGUUAUAAAUUCAAUAGGGCUCAGAUUUAUAUACAGUAUACUUAAAAAAUCAUAUUUAUGCUUGGUUACACUCUAUAUUUUUGGCUCUCCCUCUCCCUAAAUGAAAAAUAGUUUCUGUACUGAAUCUAAGUAUAUAAUAAUCCUAUUUUUUCCACAUUUUUCAUACUAUCAGGGUUUAGUUUACAAUUUUUCCCAAAUGAUAAUUUUAAUUUUCGGUUUAGUAAUUUCACAAUUUACAAAACUAUUGUUUUACAAACAAAUUGAGAUGGAAAACCUUGUCC